AUGCCUCUACCCGAAUUCGAACAUCCAACGCAGAGCUUGGCGUGGAAGGAUAUGAAGGUUAUAGUUGACGAACUCAUCAAUGUGGAGGCAAUUGUGUCUCAAGAAGAUUCGUGGGAUACAUGGACAACUCGAUUCGAUUUCGCGUGCGACCAGGUGGUCGGAGGCCGUCACGGGAACGAUCGAGCUGUGCGAAUGCUCAUCUUUGAAGAAACGGGCUAUUCUAACGCAGCAGUGCAACUGUACGACAACGUUACCAAUGGGGGUAAUGCAGCUGUAGAUCAUCAGAUAAAUAUUUGGAAAAAUCUGGUUUCAAGUUAUUUGACCGCUACAAUGUCAACCUUUCUCUCCAAUCGAUCGCGCCAGUUUAGGUCUUUUUCGAUCUUGUCAGCAUCGUGGAGAGAGAGAGCAGCUAUGGGAGAGUAUCUUUCGAAGUAUCGGGAUCUAUCGGAGAUCACGCAAGUCGUUCAUGCGAUCCGUCUCGACUGUCUUAUUGAGUCCAACCUAGCGGCGCUUGACUCAGACCUCGUGACAUCUCUGGACGAAGCUGAAUUGUGGUGGUGGAUGCAACAAGUUACCUCUUCCCGAUCACAACUCUGUCAAAGAUCGCAAUCUUGGUCAUCCAUAUGGGCCAAAUUGUGGCUCGCCUUAUCUUCUGCAAUCUGUUUGGUAAGUCAACCCGGCUAG